AUGUAUGCCUCGCCCCCUCGAGAUCGACUCACGGGUCGUGUGAUCAGAAAGAAGCAGCCAGCACUGCCUCCGGACGUGUGCCGUAUUUGCAACCGCUUUCAGUACCAUGAGGACUUUGAAGCAGUACACGCCAGUGACGGCUUCCACGAGCCACGAACUGAGAUUCUGGGUGAGCCCGACUCGUACGUGAUCAGGAUCCACACGAAGGAUCUCCUCCGAGAUGGCAAGGAUGUCGAGGAUGCCAGCCGUCUCCGCAACUGCCCCUACUGUCGCUUGUUAUACGAUGCCCUCAACCUCUUCUUCAAGGACGCGUCCCUCAACUGGGUGCUUGACGCAAGAAAUGAGACGGCACGGAUCAAGGUCAGAGUUAACCAGGGCGCACCCCUCAUCUUGGCUUGCGAAGACGCCAUCAAUCAUUAUUACCAGUUCACGCAUAUUCGGGGGGACGUGGAAAUCUACUCUGCGGACUGGGGCAACUUGGCCAAGUCUGACUUCCCUAUCGCCGGGCUGGCACCGCCGACGCCGACGCCACCGACAACGUGGACUAGAGACAAACAAGGCGCCGAGGGCUUCCUCCAGUACUGGUUCCGAGAUUGCGCGUGCCGGGCUGAUGCCAUGGAUCAGUGCUACAACACCCCGAACCGACUGCUAUAUAUCGACUGGGCCAACGACACCAUCACGCUGCAGGAGUUCCAGUCGAGAACGCCAGGGAUGCUGGACCUAGAUAGGCCCGUGGAAUAUGCGACUCUGAGCCAUUGCUGGCUCGAUGAGGACCCGACACUCCCCAAGCUCUUGUUGUCCAACAUCCACCUGUGGAGGCGGGGCUGCAAGAUUUCCUGCCUACCAGCGGGCCUGAGGGACGCCAUCAGAGUGGCCAACCUCAACGAGAUCCCCUACAUCUUCAUCGACUCCCUCUGCAUCGUGCAAGACUGGCAACAAGAUCGCGAUACGCAGCAGCCUAUGGUGGGCUUCUACUUUCGAGAUUCGAUCCUGACCAUUGUUGCGGCGUCUUCUGCCCGACCGGAUGACGGGUUCUUGUUCCCCCCCGAAAGGGAUUGGCUCACCGCGACGGUGGAUUUCAAGGCACCUUCUGGUGCCAGCGGGACCCUGACGAUGCGCAAGAAAUACUCGCGUCCCGCGUCUCCGUUCGACGCAGUCGACGAGGCGUCCACUCUCUCGCACGUCGCGCGCGGAUCGUACCGACGAGUCGGGCCGCUGUACGCACGACACUGGUGCCUUCAAGAAGCUCUCCUGGGCACGCGAGUGAUGCAUUUCACCUCGGCCGGCAUCAUGUGCGACUGCAAGCGCCACAACUGCAGUCGCGAGUACGUGACGUCUUACAGGCGGGCUGAAGUGUUUAGGGGGUUGCCGGCUCGACAAUAUCUUCGCGACGGCCUGGAGAUGUGGCUCGCGGCGGUCCAGUUCCACACGUCGUGCUAUCGACUGGCCGGGAAAGACAGACUAUCAGCAAUCUCUGCUCUGGCCGCCAUGUCGGAAAUGGGCAUCUCAGAUCGGUACGUCGCAGGCCUCUGGUGGGGGGGCAUGACCAUGGGUCUGCUGUGGGAAGUCAAGUUGCGGCCGGGGCAAACUAACACGACCAAGAUAACGAUGCCGUACAGCGUGCAAAAGGCGCCAUCAUUCUCCUGGGCCUCUGUCGAUGCACCGGUCAUAUUCAAGGACAACCGCGGCUGGUGCUUCGAGUCCGAAGUCGUGGUGCUUGAAGCUGGUUCUCUCCCCAAGAAUGCAAAUGACCCCUGCGGCAACGUGGACGGGGCCUUCAUCCGGCUGGAGGCUUAUAUCAAGAAGUGCGAAGUCAGCCAGAUACUCCGGGGUGCGACGGGAGGCCACUGGCAGUUUGUAUACUUUCGCAACAAAGACGGGACCACGACCAAGAUGCACCCGUUUGUCGGAGACGGCCCGCUAGUCGAGGUCAAGGGGAAGCAGGCGGCCUUGAAGCAGCUGCGUAAAAAGCGUGCACAGCGUCGUUUGCGCAAGAAGCGGCAGUCGGGAUCAAAGUCAGGGGCAGAGGGCGAGGAUGACAAUCCGAACCGGUCGCAUACAUACUUGACGCGAAACCAUUAUGAGUAUCGGCGGGAAAAGGUAGGGCGUGGGAAGAUCACGGGAGUAGCGUGGGUGAUGUGCGUCAGGCGGAGAGGGCAGGAUGUCGAGGAGCAUAAAGGCAUCAAGAUGAACAGAUUCGAUGGGCUGGUGCUGACUCCGUCAAUGAGGUAUCCGGGAUCCUAUGAGCGGAUUGGCUGCAUCCGAAACAUUCCCGAUUCGCUGUUCGACCCGAAGGGCGAGUGUGACUGCAGUUGA